GACACCGGUGCCACGCGUCUGAGAGCCAUUAUCCAGGUUUAUUGCGUCGAUUCAAAGGUGUUUUGGGAUUUUUAAACGGGUUUUGCAGCCGUUGUGUUGACAGAGACUCAAAAAGCGAAAGGAAGGAACAGGAUUUUGGGCAGAAGUCUCCAAACUGCGCACUGGAUCGGGGCAGAGGGGCCAUGGCGCAGUGGCAGAAGGUGCUGAAGUUGGAGCAGUGUUUACAGAUCCGUGUGCGCCACCUGUACAUGCACAGAUUCCCCCUGGAGGUGCGCCGCUGCCUGAGUGACUGGGUGGAGGCUCAGGACUGGGAGUUGGCCGCUGCAGAUGAAGCCACAGCCAGGACGCACUUUCACACUCUGCUUCUGAAACUGGACGAACUCGUCAAAGAAUCUCUGUACAACAGCCGAACUUUAACAGGGCCCGACUUCUCUCUGCUCCAGGACCACCUGUUGGUGCAGUUCGAGCGCUCUCCUCUGGACAUGGCGUCCAGAUUGUCUGAAUGUUUACGAGGAGAAAAACUCGUCCUGGAUUCAUGUGAAAUCAGCAAACAGUGCAGCCCGACUGUGACUGAAGAAACUCAAACAGACCUGGACAACAAAGUGAUCCAACUGAGGAACCAGACCCAGGAGGUGGUUUCGCAGAUCGUGAAGUCGGUGAAUCUUGCCGCUCUGAUUGUUCAAACGUUGGUUUCUGUGGAUCUUCCUCGAUGGAAACACAAACAGAAAAUGUCCUGCGUGGGAAGUCCAGUCUGCACCGGUCUGGAGCGUCUGGAGAAAUGGUUCAGUGGUGUGGCACAGACUCUUCUGCAGAUCGUCCAACAGUUGAAGAAACUGGAGGAGCAGAGCAGGCCUCAGAUCAGCCCCAAGUUACAACAAAUCAACUGUUCCACCGAGGCCCUGCUCACCGAGCUCAUGGACAAUGCACUGGUGGUGGAGAAACAGCCUGUGAUGUACAACCAGACCCACAGACCUCUGGUGCUCAGGACCAAUGUGCAGUUCAAUGUGAAACUCAGGUUUUUGGUAAACCUGCCAAUUCUACAGCACGGCUGUUUGAUCAAAGCAGAGUUUGAUGAGGGUGUGGAGGAAAUCAAGACUAUUCAAGGGUUCCGUCAGUUUCAGUUCACCUCUAAAAACACCAAAGUCAUGAACGUCAGCAAAGAAAGUGGAGGUCUUGUGGCAGAGUGGGACAUGUCAAUUGCAGAAAUGAAAUCAAAACGGAAAAGGUCGAAUGAGUGCUCCAUCAGAGUGACUGAGGAACUGCACAUUAUUAAAUUCAGCACUGAUCUACAGAUCGCAGGUCUGAAGUGUAAGGCGGAGACCAGCUCUCUGCCUCUGGUGGUCGUGUCCACCACCAGUCAGGGCCCCAGUGCCUGGGCCUCUGUGCUGUGGUCCAACCUCUGCCCCCCUCAGGACAUGACUCUGUCCCUGUUCUUGGACCCUCCUCCUCUGUCCUGGGACCAGCUGUCCCAGGCUCUGAGCUGGCAGUUCAUUUCAGCUGGAGACAGAGAACUCAAUGAGGACCAACUUAAUGAACUGAAACUCAAAAUCGUCGAUAACCAAGAGGAGCUUGUGUCCUGGUCCAAGUUUUCUAAUCAGAAAGAAGGCCCUUGGAUUUGGAUCAGUGGGAUUCUGGAUUUAAUCGAGAAGCGCCUGAAGAAUCUUUGGCGAGAUGGGUGCAUCAUGGGAUUUGUGAGCAAGGAUAACGCUCGAGAACUUUUAAAGAAAAAACUGAGUGGGAACUUCCUGCUGCGCUUCAGCGAGAGCAACAGAGAGGGCGCUAUCACCUUCAGCUGGAGUGAACACACUAAAAAUGGGGUCACUAUCCACGCCAUUGACCCGUUCACCAUAGACGAGCUGGCCAAGGAGUCUCUGCCCGACAUCAUAAAAACGUACAGAACCAAGAGGAACUCCAACAACCCCCUGAUCUACCUGUACCCGGACCAACCCAAGGACGACGCUUUCAAACGCUACUACUCGAGUCCAAGCGAAAGUAAGAAACCAGUGAUACCUUAUUUAAAAAGGAUUCGUGUUUGUGAAGUAGACUGCCCCACCCCUUCAUCGUCUUCCCCCAUCGACAUAGAGAUGGACCUGAGUCCAGACUUCACAGACGUCCCACCUUCUCCUCAGACUGACGACUGUAACUCCCUCCUCUGUGGUCUCUCCAACAAAUCCCUCCAGAAACUGCAGCUUCUCCAAAACUCCACAUCAUCACUAGGACCCCAUCUCUCCACCACAUCACCCCCAUCCUCCAAGAACUACACUGGCUUCACAUAA